ACGUUUCAUCGAUAUCGAUGUGUGAGCCUAAUUAGAGGAAUUUAUUCGAGUGUUGUAUUAAUUUUUUGUAGAUCUUGAAAACAUUUAUUCCAAUUUUUUACAAUGAGACAAAAUCGCUGGGAGGUCACCUGAUGAGAAGAAAGGAGCGCAAUGGCGAAGUUGAAGUGAGUAAGCCAAUAGGACUGUGCACUUUGGAUAUGAUAAUGCUGAAUGCAAUGGGCCUCAAUGGAAAUGCCCAAGAAAGCAGCGAUCAUGUUUUCGUUCGUGGUUAUGACACUGUCAUAAAUGUUUGGUGCGAGCGAAUGUUUAAGCCGUGGUAUUUGAAUAAGCAGAUUUACAAUUUAUCACCACUGAAACUCGUUCAUGAUAAGGCAAUGCACGAUGUACAAAGUUUUGCGGACCAAGUCAUACUAGAGAGGUUGCAGGCCAAAUUCGCUAGAUCCGAGGAUAGCAAAGAACGUAAUGUAACGGAGACAAGCUCAUGUAAUGAUGACGAUUACAUCAAGCCCCGGGAAUCGAAAGUAUUCCUCGAUAUGCUGUUAGAUUACGUUUACGGAAACAUCGAUGAACAUUACAUGCGAAAAAUGAUCGAGUGUUUGCGGAAUAAUGAGGACGACAAUGGUCGUGCCUCGAAGACGUUGAGCUUCAGCAUGGAGGAUGGCAUCAACGAACGGAGAAUCUCUGAGCUGAGACAAAUGAAUCGUCAAAUCAGGGACGAGGUGAUCACAAUUCUGAUUGGCGGUCAAGAAACGACAGCAGGAGAAAACAGUUUCGCCUUGUUUUUGUUAGCUCUUCACCAAGAAGUCCAGGAGAAGCUGUUUGCCGAGAUGGAGGAUAUUUUUGGUGACGAUUCUAGACCACCGACGUAUGAAGAUCUCCAGCGGAUGACAUAUACGGAAUGCGUGAUAAAAGAGACCAUGAGACUUUACCCUUCUCUGCCUGUGAUAGUGCGACAAGCAGAAAAAGACACUAUCUUGUCUGACAAAACAACGGUUCCAAAAGGAUGUGCCGUUGGAUAUUUCGUGUUCGGUCUUCACAGGGAUCCAAAAUACUACGAGGACCCGGAGAAAUUCAUACCAGAACGAUUUCUACCCGAAUAUAGUAAUAAGCGACAUCCGUAUAGUUUCAUUCCGUUUUCAGCUGGAAUGAGGAACUGCUUGGGGUUGAAGUAUGCCAUGCUCCAAAUGAAGACUGUAAUUUCUACUUUAGUUCGGGAAUAUAAAUUUUUUCCUAGCGAACGGAUGCCCUCCAUGGACUCAGUUGAUUUAGAAUUUUACACGGUUUUGCGACCCAAAUCUGGGUUAUGGGUUCGGCUAGAACGAAGGGAUAAAACUUGAAAGCAUAACCUAAGAGCCCGCAGUUCUUUUACAAAACCCUCGAUAAGGCAAGAAAAAACUAGGGGAAUUUGACGCUACUAGAUUUUUCUCUCUUCCUAGAGAAUUGCCGCAAAAUUUUUGGACAUAUUUCUUGUGAAAAGAAAAGAUAUUGAAACCUCCUGUCUUGAAAUCACCUGUUAAGAAAUAAUGGUCUUGACUGCUAAAGUGGCAACUCUCGUCGUGGUCCUGUUGAAAAACAAGGAGUUAUUGACUUUAGGUACUUAAAAUUGUUACAUCUCUCGUGGCACAAAAAGAAAAAUUCAUAAAAAAUUGUCGUGAAAAACAGUCGAACAGACUAAAAAGAAAUAUGUACAUAGUAGUAUUUAUUUUACGAGGCGUAAAAAUUCCAUUCCACUCUCCUGAAGUUUUGUUACCUCUUUAUUUCCCAAUCUUGUACGUGAAAUUCUUGGGCUACGCUCAUUCUUUUUUACAUGCUGUGGUACCAGAGAUGUUCUAUUCCUUCUGUGAUAAUUUAUUUGUAAAUCAAUGAGCUCUACGUGAAUGUAAAGAAAAUUUCAUUGUAAUUUUUUUGUAAGGUUUUAAAGCAAAUUGCAAGGGCAUUCCAAGCAAUGACUCGCUGUGUGAAACUCCUAAAAGAAUUUGCAAAAAUUAUCUAUUUUUAAACUUGUCUCAUAAAUUAUUUAGGGGCCUAUGACGGCUUCGGGAUGUUUGAAGAUUUUUCUCCCUGAGCUCUACAAAAAGAUCUCCAUCACAUGUCCUUUAGCAUAAAGUUAAUAUUUUCAGUAAUGGCUCCACGUGAAGUAUCAUUAUACUUCAAAAUGUAAUACAUGUAUUAACAAUUAUUGACGUGUUUCUCAAAUAAAUCAA